GCGACCUCAAUUGAAAAUACACAUUCUGAAAGGAGUGAAACUCGGGAAUCGUUCAGUGUUUAUGGAGUGUUUACAGAUCAGAAUGAGAGAUAAAUUUAUUUCUCGUAUGCUGUACAAUGAACACAGAUGAUGUGAAAGUUGUAGGAUCCAAAUUACCCCUGAUAUUAGGCGCUAAGGAGCAUAUAGAAUGUUUGUUUGGGGUGUGUGUGGUCUUGCCACCAAAUCACGAUGACUUCCUGAUUGGUAAUGACAGUAAAGAUGUUUGUGAGGAGUCUCGUUGUACGAAUAUUCUUUUGUCGUCAGAGAUUUCAUCGGAAAAUGUUCAAAAGGCGAAAAACUACAUUUCAUCUCUGACUGCCGAAGGAGAGGAGAGCGCCACAUUUACAAUUAAUUUAACAGGACCUUCAUUAACAAUGCUGAUAGAAAGUCGGGACUCGAUAGAGCAGUGUUCCCAGGCUGUGCUGGAGCUCAAUCGGGAGGCCGAUAUACUCCGUGUCUACGGAAAAGUAGACAGUGUCAGGUCGGCCAAGUUAAUGAUAGACAUGAUGCUGAGUAAAAGUGAAGUUGAUUCCUCACUGAACGUACGGACAAGAAAGGAUAAUGGCGAUGGAAACGAUGAAAGUAACGAUGUUUCAGCAAGAACAGCGGAAAAUACGUUACAGUCUGAACCGGAAGUGCAGACAUUGCAAGAAUUAACCGACGGUGAGGAUAUUGGGUGUUGUAGGGAAAAUGUACGAACACUUGUUAGCGAAGACGAUUCUAGUUUGCAAACUGACAGUGAACCAGUAACAUGUCAUUCCUUUGUUCAUGUGGGGUUUUCCGACAAUUUCUUAAAACGAGGUUGUGAUUCCGUUCCAACGCGAGAUUUGGACGAUGUUAGUGAUUUGACAGUCGAUACAGAAGUACUUAAAGAUGAGUUGUGUACACAAUCAGACGCACAGCUCAUCGAUACACAGUUAACACACCUCAGUCUAUCUAGUCCUCAUACCGAACUCAAGAGCUCUUCUGACGAAGAGGUAGAAAGACUCCACAGUGUUGUAGAAUAUGAUGGGAAAGUAGAAUUCGCCUUAAAGUUAGGCUAUACAGAAAAUCAACUGACAACUGUGAUAAAUAAAUUAGGCCAUGAAGCCAGUCAGAAUGAAAUUCUAUCAGAACUCAUAAAAUUGGGAAAAUGUGGAAUUCCCGAUGAUGAGUCUAGACUUGAUUCAUUAGAAUGUGACUCUGGAUUAAAAAUAACGGAAAGUCACACGAGAACAGCACCACUGUCUCCUCAUCACAGCAGUCCUGAUCACCUGGGACGGGAGUUGGAGUUCGUCGACAAAUUCAGACCGGUUGUCAUUGACGGUAGUAAUGUUGCCAUGAGUCAUGGAAACAAGGAGGUAUUCUCAUGUCGAGGUAUUGAAUUGGCUGUGGAAUGGUUCAGAAUGCGGGGUCACACUGAAAUCACAGUGUUUGUGCCCCAGUGGCGCAAGGAAACAUCACGACCGGACUCCAAAAUAAGAGACCAAAAUAUUCUCAUGCAUCUGGAGAAAGAAAAGGUGUUGGUGUUCACGCCGGCCAGGAGAAUAGGCGGCAAACGUGUCGUCUGCUAUGAUGAUCGUUACAUCCUUAAACUGGCUGCAGAAACAGGGGGCAUCGUGGUUUCUAAUGACAAUUACAGGGAUCUUCUGAACGAGAAUCCAGAGUACAAAAAGGUCGUAGAGGAACGACUUCUCAUGUACUCCUUCGUGAACGACAGAUUCAUGCCUCCUGAUGAUCCACUCGGUAGACACGGACCUAGUCUGGACAACUUCCUGAGUCGCGAACCAACAGUCCCCGUGUCCUUACCCCCGGUCUGUCCGUAUGGCAGCAAGAAGUGCACCUACGGCAACAAAUGCAAGUUCUACCACCCAGAGCGAGGAAAUCUUCCACAGAAGACUGUCACCGAAACGCUAGCUGAACAGACAAAGCAGAAGAUGCAGGACUUGAUGGAAAGAGGGAGCAAAAGCGGGGAAGGCGACAAGAAGAAAGUACCGGUCCGAAAGCAGCCAUUAAAGCCGAAGUUGUCACUACAGCGAACUCAAUCUCUAGUUCCUAUGGAACCUUUAGCCAACAGGCCUCCUCCCGACUUCAGUGACCUAGCUGCGGACAAUCCACCACCACCCAAGUCGGAGCAGACAAUUCAAAGUUCAGAGAAAACUGAAAAGUGGAAGUCGUAUGAUGACAAACUCACGGGUUUCAGGAAAAAAAUGGAACAAGCAGAACAAGAAGAAAAGCAACGACAGGAGGAAGGUGCUUCUUCAGAUGCAGAGACGUCUUCAUUAAAGAUGCUACCAACAAGCGAAUCUUUACAUACUCCCCUGUCGACCAGUGAUCAUAUCAGUUCUCGGUCGUCUUCACCUUUACAAAGAAGUAGUCCUACGCAACCGAUAAAACCACAGGAACAGUUUCUAAGUGGGCAUCUUCUUUUGGCAAAGAAGCUUUCUGAUGAGGCUGCAGACAAGAAAGUGCGACAGAAAGUUUCGGAGGAGCGAGACCAUACCAGAACACCUCCAACGGACCUACAACAGUCGCGAACGGCUUUACAUAGGUGUAACUCCCCUCUGGCACAAUUCAGUCAGCCACAAAUGCAAAACCAAACCUUGUCGCACCAAAUGUUGUCGCCUGAGCAGCAGCCACAACCUCGUCACCAAAAACUGAGCCGACAAUUAUCUCUACAGGGAGCUAAUGAUCCUAGAACACAUCGCUCACUACAACAGCAGUUGUCAUACGACCCACGAUAUUCUAGUCAACAAACAUACCAGAGACGACCGCAACCAAUUCCAGGGAGACAACAAGGAUUUUAUGAUCUGCGUGGGUCAGAAAACUUUGGCAAUGUAAGUGUAGGAGCAGUUGACUCUGGAAUGAGGCAUACUAUGCAGAAUAUUCAACAAGACACAAGAGCGUGUAACGAACCGUUUUUCUCUGGGAGUAGUGGUAGGCAUUUGAAUGUUGAGCAUGCCACACUUGCCAGGAUGCAGAGCGCACCGGAAGUCCCUCAACUUCGAAGUGCUGCAGCUGCACCACCGAUCGCGAGAAUGGUUCGUCAAAACAGCAACUCGGACACACAAUUACAUAUCAUAGGUGGGGAAAUGGAACAAACUGACUAUAACUUCUCUGAAUUCCAAGGCGGAAGGUCUGAUUAUCAACAGGGAGACGGGUUUUCUUCUAGUUAUGUUCCACGUGGCCCCGGUUUUGAAGUUCAUCAUCAGCCUGUAGCACAUCAGUUUAAUCGAGGGUUUACCCACGGUGUUCCGAGUUAUCCACAUAGUCAAGGAUACACACAACCACAAAAACACCAUGCUGGAAACACCACGUGGUCUUUUAGCGACCAAGGAUUUGCUCCUGGACAAAUAAAACAACCUGCACAAUUUCCAGGGUUUCAUCGACACGCACCGAUACAACAUUCACGUUCGUAUCAAAUGAUGCAGUCUCGGCCUUCACAACCAAACGAAUCGUAUACAGAGCGGGAUCCUAAUUUCCACACGGGAAUCCUCACAAAACGGGAGGACGACAUUUGGGGACCAUCCGUUGCUUCAACUUCGUCGUCAUCGGUGUUUUCUCAAAAUUAUGCUCAAGGAGAUAAUCGCUAUGGUGACAUUCCAAGAAGUCGGUCAGGGAUGGCCUCUCCAGUUUCCGAACAAAACCGGGGUCAUGUUGGCCAAUCAAAUACGUCCUCAAAUAGUCACACUCGGUCGACGGUCGAGACACCUAGCGCGCCUUCACCACUAAUUGCUGAGGAUGCUCCAAUACACCGCAAUGACUCCCGAUAUAGUCUAUACUACCACCUGUGUGGACUGUUCCCGGAACAAAAAGUUAGGACUGUCAUGAACGAACACCCAGACCAGACUGAUCCACAGGAACUUUGUGCUUAUAUAAUUGGAGCAAAAUGAGAGAAAGAUUUUGAUCCGUAAGCAGUGCUUACAUCAUAAGGGCCAGUAGGGCGAAGGAAUUUUGUGAUUACACUAUAAAGUGUAUAGUCAUACCGGUUACUGAAAGUGCCGGACAGACCACAGAUCGUUUUUGUAAGUUAAAUGUCAAAGUACAUUGUCGUUGUUAACGAUCAUUUUCAAAUAUAUUGCACACAUGUAAGUUCAGUGAAGUAAAAGGUAUCGAUUUAGUUUUUAUCAUCAAAUCUUAUCGAAAUAAUUAAUAGACGAAGAAGGUUUCUCAUGAUUGCUAUAUUGUUAUCAUCCAUAUAAUUUGAUCUACAUAUGUCAGUGUAUUAAUAUAGGAAAAUAUCUAAUCAGAGGAGCCGCCAGGACAUCACUAUAGUCCGCACUACAGCCACAUACUUGAAGCGUUCCUAUUACAACAAUGAGUGAUCUAGCGGUCGGAGCCUGGGAUUAAGUUUUCACUUUGGGUCAAAGGAACGCGUCCCUAUUACAAUAUUAAGUAAUCUAGCGGUCGGAGCCUGGGAUUAAGUUUUCACUUUGGGUCAAAGGAACGCGUCCCUAUUACAAUAUUAAGUGAUCUAGCGGAAGGAGCCUGGUAUUCAGUUUUCACUUUGGGUCAAAGGAACGCGUCCCUAUUACAAUAUUAAGUGAUCUAGCGGUCGGAGCCUGGGAUUCAGUUUUCACUUUGGGCCAUAGGAACGCGUCAAGUCCAUGUUUCUACACCAAUAUUAUCCCUAACAACCAGACAAAACCAGAGGAUAUCUUAACGACGUUUAUGCUCGUUAGUUACAUGUAGUGUUCAGGAAUACAGUUUCAAUUCACAUACCUUCACGGCCAAAUAAUUAAGAUUUGAACCCAUUUCUCAGAUAUUAUGACACUUUCUGGGAAUCGUUAAUCUAACUAGAUUCUAAAAAAAGUUUGUGCUAGUGCUGGUGCUGGUGCUGGUAGCCAUUUUCGGUUCAGGGUCUAUUGCUAUUCGUCAAUAAAGUGAUAGCUGUUAUAUACGGUAUGCACGGGUUCUUUACUAAAUUCAUAUGAUUAAAUGACAUUAGCUGUUAAAAAGACGUUAAGCAAUGACAAACACACACCCUUAUUAUAACUUUGAAACAUCGUUCUAUGCAAAAUGCAUAGCAAUAUAACCAUAACUUAGGUUAUAGAUAAACGAAACCUGUUUGUUUUUCGUGACAGUGCAGUCUUAAUUAAAUGUAUUGCUAUGAAGUGAUACACACAACAUUACCAACUUGAUACAAGACUCGAGAGUUGUGAAAGAGAAAUGCCUUUCCUUCGUGAAAAAUAAUUUAUGAUUACAACAGAAGGAGCAUAUACAAAUGUCAAAUCUGAUUUUAGGAGUUUUGGCUGGACUUUAUAGAUCUUCUAAUAAAUUCGUAUAAUAUUGACCCAGAAGUAAGUAAUACAGAAAUGAACAAAAUAAUUAAUCGGUCGAGAUUUGGGGAAAUUGUGUUUAAUCUAGGAUUUGUGUACUGAAGUUAAAUCUGUACGACCGCCCUUCUGACAGAGUGUGGUUAGACUAAGUGAAGUUUCGGUCUAUGGUCUUUGGCAAACGAGGACCUUGAAUUAAGGCUCUAAAAAGAAAUCGGUAAAGAUGUGAUGACACAUUUGUGUGUAUACUUAUCAGAGGUUGUUGCAUAUUAUUUUGUUAAUAUUGACAUAAGUAAAUUGAUGUUUUUAAAACCAUCAUUCAAAAACCUAUAUAAAUUUUUACUCUUUUUUUUCGCGUUUUCAAGUAUGUUCAAUGCAUAUUGCAUGUACUUCCGUAUAUAUUUGUAUUUCGUCCAGCAUUUCUUUUAAGAAUUGAUGUUUUACUGCUAUUGCGUUGCUGGCGUUAAUUGUAACAUUGCGUUCUCCAUUCAUUAGUGUACAUUGCCAAAUUAUUGUAUCAUGUUUUGUAAGAUCUGUUUUUACUCCAACAAACUAUCAGCUGUUAUACAAAAUCUCUUUGAAGUCGGGUGUGAUGCACUGUUGGUAGAGCUCGGGUCUUUGGAACCCAGUGUGACAUAAGACUACGCAGGAAAUAGAGAGAGCACAUUUGUUAUACUGACCCAGUGUUAAGGAAGGUCAUUGGUGAUGCUAACAGGAGUUUAAGUUCGUUUCGUGUGAAGGGAUUGAGAGUGAUGAAAGGUUGUGCCAAAAUCUGAUGAGAGGAUUAUGGGAGAAACAAUAUGCAUACCAAGAUAAUCGUGAGGGAAAAACAAAACCUUGUCAUAUCGUUACCUUCACAGCAAACGAUAUUGUAGUCAUGUUUUCUAUCAUGUGGUUGUUUUAAAAAUUGCUUCAGCAGUAAGUUGGAGUGAUAUAUUGACUUAUGUAGUACCACGUGGUACGGACAUUCCUCUGACUCUCCCCAGCGUUUGACACCUUUAAGUUUUAGAAUAAGGCGUUGUAAAACACCGGGGAGAAUCUGAAGAAUGGUAAUAAGGUUUUUAAUUGAACGCAUCAAAAGGUUUUGAUACGUCGCCAAAUGUUUGAUACAGAUACAGUGUGUCAUGUCAAGUCACCAGUUAGGUGAACAAUAAUCGGUACCUCUUUUUGAGGCAAUAUAUUUUUAUGAAUAUCAUAUAACAUUUAUCGUUUUAGGUGUAUUAUAUGGAAUAACUAUAAUUCACAUGUUGUAAGUUCGCUAUCUGUCACUCACAUACUAUACAAAAUGGAGUUGUUUUUUUGUAAAGUGGAUUUUUUUCUGAGUUGGGUUAGUUUUCGUACGUGCAAAUAUUCCACACAAGAGCAUCAAUCAACCAGUCAGUUUCAACAGAGAGCAUUUCCACGCCACGAACCUGUCCACUCUAUACCCCAUUUUCCUUCACGGUCCUGACUACUGCCUUGUGGGCACAGUCCGAGGACGUAAUCUAUGGUAUUGUUGUAUUGUUGUACUCGAAUAUUCUGCUUAUAGCGAAAUAUUAAAGGGUUGACAAGUAACAUA